CGAGUCCGUAAUUAGUCAACUGAAAUCAUCGGAAAGCCACGCAGUCCGUGAAUGAAAGUGAAAAGUAAAAAGAUCUCAUUAGCGCCGCGCUAGUGCGCGAUCAUUCGAAGUAUAAACCAUGAAGAUAAAAUUAUGCAACCUGCGGUCGGUGCAGGAUAUCUUGUGGUAUCAAUGGAUCGGAUCAAUAGGAGUAAUGCUGGCGUUGACAAUAUCCGGAAUAAUGGCCGGCAUGUUCUCGCCGCUGAUAGCUCAGCUUACCGCGGACAACUCACCUCUUCGAAUGACGUCCUCCGAAAUUUCAUGGAUGACGUCAUCGUGGGGGGUAGCCGCCGCCGUAGGGGCGAUCCUUGGAUCGUUCGUCGCCGUUCCAUAUUUCGGCUCCAAAAUGACACUGGUCGUAACUAGCAUUCCAUUCGGGGUGUCCUGGAUUCUUCUGAUCCUCGCAGAUUCGCCAGCUUGGAUACACUCGAUGGUCAUAGUUCAUGGGUUAGGACUUGGUCUUGCAAUAAUGAGCUUUCCCAUUUACGUGGGGGAAGUAGCCACCUCAGCAUCUCGAGGUACAUUUGUAAACUUCGCGGGAAACGGUCCCAUCAUCGGUUCUCUUAUGGGCAACUUAUUGACCACCAACCUGUCCACGACACUGUGCGGCUUAUCAUUUCUGGCGCCUACUAUUCUCUACGUCAUUCUGUUAUUAAGUGUACCCGAAUCGCCAUACCACCUGAUAAGUACGAAGCAAUUUGACAAAGCCAAGGAGUCGAUAAUGAAAUACAAUCCGAAGGUCUCCGUUAACGAAGAGUUUCUCUCUAUAAAAGAAUUCAUCGCUAGCUCAAACACGAUCACAUUUUGCGAUCAAUUACGCGAGUUCAAAAGUCAGCAGCAAAAAAAGUUUGAAAUCAUUAUAAUAUUGCUGCUGCUAUUCGUACAAUUCGGUGGCGUUCAACCCAUACUAUUUUACAACGAAAACAUUUUGACGAAAGGUGGAGUGAACGUUAUGAAGCCCUCGCUCGUCGUAACUCUAUCUACCGCGAUCAGCAUUGUUGCGGGGUGGAUUUUCGUGGAUUUAGUCGACAGACUUGGUCGAAGGCUAUUGUGGAUAAUUGCCGCCGCAGGAAGUUGCUUAUGCAUGCUCGCGAUAGGGAUACGCUUUUCUCUUUUGGGUACAGCCUAUGAUAUGGACGCGUUGCAAUGGCUACCGAUUUUUUCGAUUCUAUUUUGGCGGAUAUUCGUUCACUCAGGGCUAGUCGCAGUCGCUCAUAUCUAUCAGAGUGAACUUUUGUCUCCGAAUAUCAAGACCCUAGGAAUUUGUGUGGGAAACAUUUGCUCGGGCAUAUUCGCAACCAUCGCCAAUACAGGCUAUCAGCCACUAAUCGACAACUUAGGUUAUGAUUCUGUAUUUUAUACCUUCGCGGCGUUUAUGGCGCUAGCUGUAAUUUUCGGCUGCACCUCAUUACCGGAGACGAAGGGUAAGAGCUUACAAGAGAUUCAAAACAUGCAGAUUAAUCAACUUGGCAUGGUGGGCGUAGUAGACAGAUCAUGAAAUAACCUGGAGAUGAUAAAUCUACAGCUUGAAUUGUACAUAUAACCAUACAAAUUUGAGCUGCCAAUCAGAUUCUUGUACAUACAUACGUGCACCCGGUUAGGUCGAUUGCGAAUCGCUUCGCAAGCGCGCGUUCAAAUAACUUUUUCGCGUGGCGAAAAGUUGUCCAAGUCGUUCACGAUCAACCUAACCGGGCGUACAUGCAAAUAUUUAGAAUUUCAACACUGGGGUACGAGGUUUUUUUUUGCAUGACAUUUUUUUUUUUUCAUCUAUGUCACCAUGCGCUAGUUCGGGUAACGAUAAAGUAAUCAGACAACUGACCACGUUCUGUAACAUAUCAUACGAUCCAGACGGCUACUUUGUCACGUAGGGCCCCGGGCAAGAAUUGCUGAUCGAGCUGGCACUAACUCUAUAACUCCAUAUAGAAAAGUAACUGUCGAUUGGAUGAGCGCCGAAUAUCAGCCCUCCUUAUCCAUCAUCUUUGGAAACAUAGGGUAUGACGAUAGUGGACAUGGGGGAUGGGAUAAGGGGAAUUCCAUCUCAAUAUUUUCAAAAGGGAUAGUAUUCUCGGUACGACUAAAGUUGAAUUCGAAUGCAGUGACCUCGAGAUAUUCCUGAACUGUAAGAUAUAAAACAAAUGAAACUUUGGUCUCUCGUUCAUCUAUCUUCCAACCGUAGAUAUAUCGUUGUUUUUUCGUCCGAAAUUCUACAUGAGAAGUAAAUCGGCUCUUGAUUUCACUCCAUGACGAAUAUUCGAUAACCAAUGAAAAACUUUUCAUCAUUCUUCAUCUCCUGAUUAGUAUACACGAUUACUUUUACCACGGAAUCAAUUUCAUAUCUUCAGUACUUCGCCUUCUUUCACCGUCACAUUUACUCUCAGUGAGUUUAGUCUUGGAUUACUUAUAGAUCCAAUCUACCAAUAAGGUCGAAAAAUAGAGACUCUACCUUGGGUGAAUCAAAUUCAAUAAUUAUUUAAAUUUUGAAAAUACAACGCGCUUCACUUUAUGAGCAUUACUUAUAGGUUCUCAAAGGGUUUCUGCUCGCUUAACAAACACAAGCAGCGUGGCACUAUAUCUUCGCAAUUACCUUGAACGGAAAUGAUUCUAGAUACAGUAGAUAGAAUAUCUAAUGAAAUGUAAUUAUCCUAAGAAUAUACGUGAUUCAAUUAGAUGUAGAAUAUUGUGUGAGAAACUGUCAGAAUUUUCAAAACCAUUUUAUGGUAUUUGUAUUACGGUUAAAAUAUAUCCAACCAUAUAGAAUUUCUGAGUCUUGCUAUCCGCUAUAUUUCAUUGAAUCGGCGUUACACCGAAAUUGUUAACAAUGAAAGAAACGCUGAAGAAAAAGUUUUAUACUCUUAUACUUUUCAUGAAUAAGUAAACUAGCUCAACUUCCAAGUUGAACCGCAUAUUUUUAUUUUAUUUCAGGUGAUCGAUUGGCACCCCGAUAAUUCUCGGAAAAUCAAAGUUCUAAAUGUAGAGUGUCGCUUCGGUUCACUAUUACCAUCGUUUCAUAAAUCACGUGGGAUUUUUAUAGCGCUCACGUUUGGGACGUAAAUUAUAUGUAUAUGGUAUUUAUGAAAUGCAAAUUUGUAAUUCACCUUUAGUCGACCCAUUCAGUCAACGAUCGAGGUGCUUGUUAAACGUGCAAACGUAACAUAUAUUACGCAUGCAUAAUUGAUGGUGACAGACAUGUCGGGGGAAAAAUGGAAAAAAUUCGCACUUCACGUAUCGUUCGUUUGCGUUUGCAUCUCGCGUUGCUCUUUCAACACGUGACAAAUGAAACAGUCGAACUCUAAAGAAAUUCGACUGCUGAAAACUUCAGAUUUCAUAUACGUCAAAUAAUACCCGUGGACUUGACGUGAUUUGAAUCUUCGUACGACUUUCGAAAGAAAAAGAACGAAACAAUUAUUCAUUAGGUGUAGUUUUCAGAAGUUUUUCAACCACCAAAAUCGCAGCACACUAUGGAAGAACCUGUGAGAAAGUCUUUGCUCCAAUAUGUACGGGAAAAUUUAGCAGCGGCCAAUAGGGUAAGACGAACAUGAGCACAAUCAAACGAACGGGAUGAAACCGCUAAAAAAAUAUCUUUCCAUUUUACAAACAAAAUCGUCGCUACGAAUAGGAGCUCCUACAGUCUCAAAUUUCUCCACUGGUCUUAAAAGUUACUUUUGGUCAAAAAAUCUUCAAAAGUAGAAUGCUUAACCUUUGAUAAUAAUUGUUUCAAGAGUGAAACGACUUUGAUCUUAGAACGUAAUUUGUGCUUUGUGUUCGGCAGUCACAAAUGUCACUGACAACCCAAUCUCAUUUGACAAAUUGAAAACGGAAAAUUUAAGAAAUACCUUGAACAAUGUCCACAUUUUUCGUGUCAUGUACGUACAACGCGUUAGUACGGUUUGGAGAAUACUUAAUUUCAUAUUCGGAUGGCAAGUUCAGCACCGGUAGUCUAUUCCCCCCCGGUUUAUUAGAGUCGGUUUGAUCAUUGAUUAGAGACAUGCAAAUUGCAGCAGGUACGCGUGUCGUUGAAUGGGUAUAAUUAGCGUAUAGUAUUUGGUUUGCGUUUCCAAUCGUCGAUGAGCAUCGGCUGUCGGCUUUGUCAAAGGCUGCUCCGUAGCAGACAGUACAAAAGAACUGCCAAUCCGCCAAAAUCCAAGGAUAUAGCCCUUCCUGCCCUCCAUUCAUAUCACACGUGCCUUGAAUUUCCAGACAACGUUUCUGCAGAGGAUAAUAAUAGUCGGUCGACACCAAUCCAGACCCAGCGAAAUCGUUGACUCGCAUACAAAAAUAAUUGAUUAUCUCAGCGCGGAUUACGUCGAUGAACCUAUCACGGGAUUGCUUCUGGUUUAUAAGAGCAACUUCUUUCACGUCCUAGAGGUAAUCCUGGGUAGAUUUCGGUGGUUGAUAGUUACUUUUCUUUUUUUCUUUUCUCUUUCGAAAUAAUACUCGUCAGCCGUUGUCUGCCGUUGUUUGACACAAUAAGGUGUUUUCAGGUAUCGGAAUACACUUUUAUCAAGGCCUUGAAAAAAUUCCAACAGAUAAAUGGAGUGUCGAUAAAAAUAUUGCCUCCGAUGCAUCAUAUCAGCGAGGUAAUAACAGCGCAUUCCUCGAGCUCGUUUUGGGACGCUCGACGGAAAUCGUCAAUUCGUUCUAUAAAAUUGAUCCGAUGGAUUCUUACCUUGGCUUGAAUUUUCCCGAUUCCCGUAAAGACUGAUCAUACUUAGACAAAGCAAUGGCCCUUGAAUAUUGAAUUCUUUGAUCGCGACUGUCGAAUGGGUCCGUUGGGACCCAUGCGUUUCUAUUGCGUUCGUCCGCGAAUAGCGGAGCCCUUACUAAUUCCAAAGGGAGGACCACGAGUCUCCCAGAGCAAGCGCUUUGACCCUAUGGUAUCGCGGAGAGAAUGUCCGACGUUUUGGGGGCGCCUCCGGAUCUAAUACCUUAUUCAUUUACCUAUUCUGUAUAAUCUUUUAGAGAUUUAUUCCUCUUAAAUGGAUUGGAAAAACGUCACAAUCACCUUUGCUACUCGAACACGACCUUCCCAAGGGCUGGGAUUUCGAGACGGAAGGCUCGACCCUUUUAAGCUUUCAAAACAAAGUCUACAAGUUGUGUCAACAUCUUUACGGAUUUGAAGAUAAGGUGAGCGGCUGCAUCUCGCAGUUCGAUGCAUCGGAACUCGAAUGUUCUGUUUUGCUUAUUUGAUUUUUUUUUUUUCUUUUUAUCCCUCUCGAGCAGCGGGGAACGGAGGUUUUGUCUUUUCGAUAGAGCCCCCAACCUUCCCAGUUCUAAUUGAAUAUUUAUUUUGCUUCAAAUAUCGGCGCCGGCGUCUACGGUACGACUGAAAUUGUUAAAAUCAGCCAGCCCUUCUGGCUGCGGAAGUAGACCACCUCUUCGAACGUGUUCCCCAUCUUUUGCCAGAAGCUGCCAUCAUUGAAUACAUCAUGAACGGUCUCUACGUGGGAGGGUUUGACUUGAUCGAAAAAUUUAGUUUCGACAGCCGUACGUACAGUAUAGCCUUCAAACGAUUCGCGGUCUGUUCAACCCUCGACGGAAUUUGAGUUUACGACCGGAGCACAAUAUCGCUUUUGCAUUUUUACAUCUCCCCCAUUUUACGAUUCCCAACCUUUUUUAUUUUUUUUUUUUUUUUUAUUUUUUUUUAUUUUUUUGUUUUACCAUGCAAACUCUCGCCAAUCGCAUUCUACGUAUUGAAAUUUUCGCAUCGGAUAUCACCGUAAUUUUUUUUUCGCAAAAUCAAAAAUCAUUCACGAGUACAAAAAGCUAUCUUCAUCAUUCGGAACGAAUCUAGAAAAAAAGCCAACUACCGACUCACUGCGACCGUUAAUUUCAAAUUCAUUAAAAUGAUGUAUUCUUCUUCUUUUAAUUCAAUAGAGAGAGAAUGGCCUCACACGUGUACGCCGGAUCCGAUCGAUAUCUUGGAUCGUAGGGAUCCGAAAUUCAUUCAACCACCGAAUCGUGGAACUCGGUGAAAGUACUCGACAUGAAGCAGCUCCAUUUAUUAAAUCCCUAUCUCUUUCUACAGGUAGCUUUUAUCGUUGAUCUAAAGCAAGAGAGAACAUGUAAUAAAUCGAAAAACUUUUCAGCUCUUUCAAGAUCCAAAACUUUCGUCCAAACUGUUAGUUUUUUUUUUUUUUUUAAUUUUUUUUUUUAUUUUAUUCUACUUGUUAUCUUUUUUCUUGAAAUUUUUAGACCAUGAAUUUCCGCACAGUUUUACCGAGCGCGUAUCGGCACCGUCGAUCUUCCGAUAGGAUAACUAUAUCAGGGUGAGUUAACGGCGCCAUUAAGUCCGGACCGAACCAACCGACGUUUUCUCACGGUGACCAGAAUUCAUUAGCGAUAUCAAACAUACAAAUUCUAAAAUAGAAUAAUCAUCUUUACUCAGUUAUUAGUAUUUAUAGGUAUUAGAGACAAGAUGUUCAGAGUUGUGUAGAGAAACUGCAGUUCUACCAUUAAAAUACUUACGGCAAAUUUUCAACGAAUAAUUUUCACGUACGGAAAGAAGCGUAACAAACAACAUUUUCGAACGAAGUUUUACCCCGUGGUAUUACUUUUCUAUGUAUAGUUUUUGCAACUGCUCUAGUUUCUCGAGCAAAGAAAUGGUAGGAUACCGCGCGGAUAUACCUAUGUAGUUGGCCAUCGUAACCGUCCGCGCAAGCAAAAGCAUAACGAAUAGUAAACGAUAAUAUGGUCGUAAAAUAUAGUAAAGUACCUUACGUCCGUCGAUGAAACACUUUGCGAAAAGCUCGUUGUUGCGGUAACGCGUGCGAGGAAUGUCAAACGAAUCUUUGAUUUAUCGUUACAUCUAAUUUUCUAUAGGUCAAUAUACAAAGUUCCUACCAUUGUAUACUCCGUACCGGAGACAGUCACCGCGUGAUGGAUAAGAUUGAACCAGAUUACAGUUUUUAGCUUCAAUUUUUCUCUCGGUAUAGAUAAGCUCGUCAUUAUGAUCCUCACUUGUCGUAGGUAUAUACCGCAUCGGUAAUAAUACUGUGAACAAACUUCGAGUCGAAGUUGAAGAAUCGACCGGAUGCCCCUGCGGCUCGGUAAAUAAAUUCUUCGGGAAGUUUGAAGGACCUAAUUUAUCCGUCCGGCGAAAAGAUGGGAGUCCGAAGAUCGAACGGGAGUCACCUAAAACAUCAACCUUCUAAAUAGCCUACCGUUGGAGUACUUAUAUAGCGCAUACGCAAGUUCAAGUUCGCAUGGAGUUCCUCGAGUUCUCUCCGAAAAGUAUACUUCGGUACUCUUUCGAGUACCGAAUGAAGCUGGUGCAGGCCGAAGUGAGAAGCCCAACGAAGACGGUACUUUGGUAACUUGGGCAAAUGACGAGAGGGUGACCUUACGACCUCUGGGAAUCGGAGAACUCUGUCUCGGCUCGGGCAGGAAGAGAGCUCUUUGGCUAAGAGGAAACAGCCGGUGGUGGUCUGUCGCCACUAGACCAUGUAUAUAUGUAUAGUACGGUAACCGGGCAAAGUUUUCCCUCCAAGUGACGACCGAACCGUGUCCGUUCUCGAGUCUCCGGUAAAAUACCGGGUCACAGAUUUCUUCAAACAAAAUCAAAUGCGAUCGCGGUGGCGGUGCGGCUCUACAUUUUUUUUUCUUCUCUUUGCUCUCCCUUCAAAGUUCGUCGCCAUUAAAAGCUCCGCCGAAGCAACACCGUUAUAAUACACCCGCCCGACUUACUCGGCACGAUGCAACAACUAUUUCAACUACUCCACGUUCCACUGACAAUGAGUGAAACGGAUGAUAUUCGCGCGAAGUGCGGAACGAGAGAGAGAGAGAGAGAGAGGCAGAAUGAGCGCGGGUGAAUAAAUGGCAACGAUAAAUUGCUUUGGCAAAGCCUCGCCUCGCUUCGGCCACGUUCGCGCAAAUGCGAUGCAAACCCUGUAUACCGUACAGUACAGUAUCCGGGACGGACUCGCGAGCUACAUUCUUUACGAAGAUGCAUACGAAAUGAAGCCUGAGGAAAGAAAUAGCGGGGCAAGGGGAUGAUGCAAAAUAAGAUGGAGAUCAUGGUCUUGGGAGAUGAACAAGGACCGCGCAAAUUGGAUGGUUCUUUCAUAAGCAUAAGAUUAGGGUUCGCUCCGUACGUAUACGCGUGUAAGGCGUUUCGUAAAUUCCACUUCCGUUUAUGCCUAUACAUAUAUAUAUAUAUAUACAUGUAUAUGGAUACCCGCGGAGACAAACGUCACGGCGAUAAAUUUUCCAAGAGAUCGCAUACGGAUCACGUGCGUUCUUCGUUUUUCCAACCGUCGUCCGAAGCUGAAUCUAUAAAAUAUCAGGGAGUGCAGAGUUUCAGGAAUCUGACGUAUCCGUAUGCGAAUAGAACCUGUGUAUCCCUAUUUGCCGGAUAAAUAUUUAAUCUCGGUAACGAUCGAGGGAGGAAAAGCGAAGGUCGUUUAUCAGUUUCACACUUUCGUUGCACGCGAACCGAGAUGUCGCGUUUGUUAUGUUUAAUAAAUUUUUUAGAUGAACGAGAGGACGAUUUGGUGCGAGUGUGAAAAUCAGUCGCAUAAAAUGACGCCGAGUAUUUCCGUUUCUCCAAUUUGAUUGCACUUGAUGUCCGGUCAUGCGACGAAGCUUUUAUACUCGUGGGAAUCAGAUCCGUUGUAGCCUUGUGAAAUACACAAGGAAAAUAUCGAGACGUCGUAUUAUACGAGCGUCAAUUUCGAGCGAAGCCAACCCUUUUCAAGUUUUAUUGCACCUGAAAGGAUUCGUAAAUUCAAAGUAUUGGUCGUUGAGUGAUGAUACUCGAAGCCAAUCAACCGAUUUCAAUUCGAAGGAAGACGCAAAAAAGAAAAAAAAAAAACAAUCAAAAUCGAUAUAAGGAAAAGAGAUCGAGCGCCUUCGGUAAUCAUUUGAUCGAACUGUUAUUCAAACGAACCUCGUCGCGGCUGCACUUGCGCGAAGGACGAUCUUCGGUUCAUCUGUUUCGUGUUCGAAUUUUUUCGGUAGGUACUCUAAUGUUAUUUGGUAGAUAAAAGCUCUGCAUAAAUUGGUAGCCGUGGGGGCGUCGCACAUACGCGCCCGUGUGUGAGAAAAAAAGUAAAUAAAGUAAAACAAAAAAAAAAACAAAAACAAAAGGGUGGAAUAAAAUAAAAAAAAAUAGUAUAAAAGCGUAUAACUUUAAUCCCCUGGGAACACAGUAGAGCUGAUGUCUCGUUUUCGCUGCACUAAUUUGCAUCGGACAAAACUAUUGAUCGAAAUUUCGACACUGCGGCUAACGGUAUAGUGGUACAUGAUACAGCUUUCCCCAUAAUUUUUUUUUUAUUAUACAUAUAAUCACGUUAUCGAUAUGUAUUACGGAGAUACGGUUCCGUACUCUAAAGUAGACUAUCGUCUUUUUCUCCGUACGACGACCCGAGAAAUGCGGAGGGUAACUUCGUGACGCGGGGAUUAAAUAUUUAAAGACGUGUAGGCUGGUAAUUUCAGAAGUUGAUAAAAAUAAACUAUGUUUGCCCGGUGAUUCUCGAGCCUGUGUAAUACCUACUAUCCUCUCAGUCUCAUGUGGCCACUGAAGCCGCGAGUCCCAGAUUUUACCCCUAAGUCGCUGUAUACAUACCGUAGGCACUCCGAAAAAGCCGUGGCGCACAACCCAACGCCGCACGUAAUACGUACACGCCAACUACACGUACACGUACAUUAUGUACUUACGCGGUUAUCCUUAUGCGACGUGCCGUUCCAACUUCUGGAAGAACAAAAAGCGAGAAAAAAAACUUAAAAAAAAAAAUGAAGUUAGAAAAAUAAAGAAAAAAAAAAAAAAAAAAAAAAACAC